GCUCUACCGAGCAAGUUCCUGGCUUCUCAAAACAAAAACAGCAAACAGUGGGUAGCUGCUGUCAGUGAAAGCUGAGAGACGUGUUUAGCCUUCUACUGCCUCGUCAUGGUGCUAAAGUCAUGUUGCGUUUACAGCGUCGGAGUUGUUUCUGUACUGAUGCUGAUUCUCGGCAUUUCGUUGGUUUUGACCAGCGUGUUUCCACAUUUAGUACAGUCGAUGGUUAAAAAGCAAGUCGUUCUGAAAAACGAUACAGAUGCGUUUGAGGCCUGGAAGGAUCCACCGGCACAUAUCUACAUGCAGUUUUACUUCUUCAAUCUCACAAAUCCCCAAGAGGUGUUGGAUGGGGAGAGGCCAGCUGUGGUGGAGAUUGGACCGUAUACAUACAGAGAGUACCGGCCUAUGGAGCAAAUUGACUUUCAGGAUAAUGGCACUAAAGUAACAGCUGUCAACACUAAAACCUACAUUUUUCAGCGUAACAUGUCCCGAGGUCCAGAGAGUGACCUCAUCAGGACAGUUAAUAUCCCUGCCAUGACAGUGAUGGAAAGACUCAAGGAUAAAUCCUUGGAAGCCAACUUGAUCUCUGCCUACAUGAAGGGCACCGGGCAAGGCCUUUUUACCACUCGUUCAGUGGGAGAGCUGCUGUGGGGAUAUGAAGAUGGACUUCUUAAAGCCUUGAAAACCAUUACACAUGAUCUGGAUCUGGAUGAUGUUUUUGGACUUUUCUAUAAGAACAAUGCUUCCAAUGAUGGAGAAUAUGUGUUUUUCACUGGUCAGCAGAACUAUAGGGACUUUUCCAGAGUGGACACGUGGAAAGGUGAAAGCUCCUUGAAUUGGUGGACGUCUGAUGAGUGCAACAUGAUUAAUGGAACCAUUGGAACAGGCUUCCAUCCUGUAAUCACCAAGAAUGAUGUGCUCUACAUUUUCUCGUCUGACCUGUGCAGGUCUCUGUACACAGUGUAUGAGGAGGAUGUGACAGUGAAGGGGAUCACUGGGUAUCGAUUUGUUCCUCCCAGCUCAGUGUUCGCCAAUCUGACUGUGAACCCAGACAACGCAGGCUUUUGUGUGCCUGCUGGUAAUUGCCUGGGGUCUGGCCUGCUGAAUGUGUCUGUAUGUAAAGAAGGGGCUCCUAUCAUAAUGUCUUCACCACACUUCUACCAGGCAGAUGAGAAAUUUGCUCAGGAUGUAUUCGGAAUGACGCCAAACAAGGAAGAGCACCAGACUGCCAUUGAUAUCAAUCCGCUGACAGGAGUGGUUCUCCAAACAGCCAAGCGACUCCAGAUUAACGUCUAUGUAGAGCAAAUUCCCACCUUCAGACAGAGCGCCACCAUUGAUGACACAGCAGCCAAGAAGCUAAAGGCGAUUGAUGUUCAGCAGAAUGUUGUGGAGAACAUUCCCUUCAUGCUGAUUGGCCUGGCCAUCAUUGUGGGAGGAAUCUUCAUGUUCUUGGUGUGUCAACAGAAAGUCCCCGAGAGCACUGCUGCCGAACGACAGCCCCUGCUCUCAUCGUAACAGCAAACAGAACGUGGAAAGAGAAAGAUUGCCUUGGUUGCAAUACAAUUCAAGGGGUUCACCCAUUAAUUCUCAAGUAACACUAAUACAGUGGUUUUCAUAUUUUCAUCUACUUUCGCAUUCAUGGUUGUAAGAAAGUGGUAAAAACUGUCUUUUUGUUGUGUUUGUUGCUGGGUUUGGAGGAUAAUGUCUUCAUUUCAAGUUGUAAUGAUGCUGAAAUCCAGAUUUUCCAGUCAAUCUUAAAUUGAGCUUGUUUUUAUUUUAACUCCUAACUAUGGGAUUUUUGAAUUGGAUUAACACGGGGUUAGUUAACCCCCUUAAACAACCCAGCUUUGAAUUAAUCAAACAUCCUGGAAGUGGAAAAAACACUGUACUGCAAAGUGGCCAUAUAUGUGUGAGCUGUUGCUGCUUUUCUGAAUAUAAAAGACGUUGUGUCUAUCUACAAGGCAACUGGCUAGAGCUUGAACAGUUACUAGAUUCCCAGACUAGUUUGGGAGUCAGAGUUAGUUUUAAAAAGCAAGAAAAAACAGUAUUAAGAAGCCAGGUUGGUUGUAUGUUAUAAUGAAGUGGAUGUAAAAAGUCAGGCUAGUAGUGCAGCCUGUUCGAAGUGCAGAUUACUUUGGGCUUGUCUUUCAGCCUUUUGGCUUCAGAUGCUAUGCGAU